UUUGAGCUAACAGCUGUUGGCGUUUUUUGUGAAUGUCAAUUAUCGGUAGCUGACUAUCGAUAUCUCUCGGCGGUCGACCAGUCGUACGCGCGUUUUUUGUGAAACAGCACAAUUUUAUAAUGUAUAAAAUUUGAAUUUAUGAAAUUCUAAACAUGGAGCGAGCUGUUGAGCUGGAAGAGGAAGAGGAGCUGCAAGUUAGCAUAACAUUUGAUGAGCUGCAAUGUUUCGAUUGCGAAGAUGUUUCCACAUGUGUUUCAAAACAGACCGCAAUAAAAAUUUGCAACAAGAGUCUCGAGGAUCUGAGCGCCAAAACUGUGGAAGUAUUGAGUCUCUGGCUACGAAAGCUGCUAAGAGCCUAUAUAAAUGAGGCUGAAUGCUGUAUUGAUGUUUUCAAGUGCCUAUACGAGUGGUUUCUGCGACUGAAAGACGAUGUGACACCAGAGAAUAAGGCUGCAUGCAGUGAUUUUAUCCUACUGCUGAAUGAUGCACUGGGAUUUGCCGAGUGGGCAAAAGCCAAGCUGCUGACAGCUGGCGAACGUUUGGUGCACACAACAGCUUUUUUUCUGCUUGCCAUUGUCUACAGCUGCCUACAGCUAAGCAAUGAGAACAAUGUGCAAGCGCUCAGGGAGCAUGAACCGGUGGCCAUCGAGCUCCAUUUAUCGGUCUUAUCUCUGCUGCAAGAGAUUACCGCCACUUCCCGUCAAGUACAUGCCCGCAUAACACCUUUGCUGCGCCAGCUGGUCGAGAUUGCAGAUUUUCUAAGUGUUAAAGCUACACAUCUGCAUGCCUUUGUCAAAACCAGCAAGACCAUGACGAACAUCUGCACACACUACAAUUGUCUCGAGCCUAGUCGUAAUGAAGCUAGAGGCAUGCCCGAUUGGCUGCAGGAGACAGUGCUGCAUCUCUGCGACACGGUUCUCAAUCAAUUGGAGGCGGUUUAUCAACAGCAGGGCACAGCCGUGGACAAGAUGGAAGAAUAUUUAAAAGUAUCACAGGUUUAUCUGAUCAUGUUACAUAAAUUAUUGGGCAGCGGUGUUACGCACAUGGAUAAAACUGUUUUGGAAGCCAUAAUGCUGCUGCUAAGCGGUGGUGAAACAAAACCUAGUCAUGAUGUGGGGAAAGACAUGCCCGGGCUUGUAGCUAAAUAUAUGCGCACAUAUGUCAUGCACAUUUAUGAGCUGCUCUAUCAGCUCGAAGAUUUUCAAAAGCACCUAAUUGCCUGCCUGUCUGGGUCCGAGCAAACGGCUGAGGAUUAUAAUGAGCUGUGCUUGGAUUAUGUAACUGUGUGCAUCAUGGAUCAUCUAGAAAUAAGUCAGCCCACCUGCCGGACUUUACAAAAAGUAUUUGAGUAUUUGUGCAAAGAUGGUUAUAAUUUUGUCAAUGCUGCGCGAUACAAACGAAUACUGGAAGCCUUUGGCAGUCUCUUGCAUUUGGCCUGCUCCGCCGCAUUGUACAAUUACUUUUGCGCUGGACUAUUUCAAGAGGACAUCAUAAAGUCACAAGUCUGUGCGGAUGUGCUUAUGCUGAGCUUUCGUCUAGAAGAGGUCCAAUCGGGCUGGCGUAAUAAUGCGCUCAUGCAGGCCACAAACUAUUGGAUCAAGUGCAAUAAUUCGUAUGCCAUGUUUUCACAGAAUUUAAGUCAACUGCAUGUAAGACGCAUGCUCAAAUACUUCCAUAGUUUGAGCAAUAAUGAGCCGCCCGCAUUUAAUAUACGAAACUAUCGUUAUUUGCAUUGUAUAUGCGCCGGAGUGGAGCAACAGCAGCGACUGUGGCUGCUGCGAUUACAGCGCCUACUCAACGAGCCACUUAGCGAUAUUGAGCAGUAUUACGAGAUUUUGGCGCUCAUGGAGCUGCUGUCAACCGGCCAAGUGGACUGGCUGCUGCAAGUGUCAGGCAGCAAGCAGGAGCUGCUGCUUAAGGACACGUGCAAGCGCCUGGCUAAUGUUUACUUUAAACUGGCGCUACAAGCCAGCCCAGCUACAAAGCUGCGCAUAUUACAAACAGUUACGCUGUCAAAAUCUGUUGCCAAUAGCUGCUGGCACGUGCAAAGAUUUCUGCAUGCCUGCCAAGCCAGCGACAAUGCGCAGCUUAAGUCUCUGGCGGAGCGGCAUGCAAUUGCUACAGAGCUGCGUCCGCUUUUAGACGCUGUGCAGCCAGCGCGCUCUUUAUUAAAAACAAACGCAGGCAUGCUCGAUAUUAACUACACUAAAUUUAACUAUGCAAGAAACCAAACGCACCACUGCCAGGGCAACCAGGGAAACCUAAAGCGCAAACGUGCUCAACACGAGCCCAAGGAAUUAAUUCGACUACUUGAGCAGAAUGCACAGCAAUUGGUCGAGUCCGCCGCUGAACUAGAUGCAAGCGAUCUUCUGCAGCUAAGUGGUAUUGUUAACAAUUUAAAACACUUAUUGCCAGAUCAGAACAUAUUAUGAUUUGAAAAUACGUUUAGUUAUCACACAUUCUAUGAAAAGUUUCGCACAUCUUCGUUUUCCGAACUUAAAAUUUCUGCAAACUUUUCGCUCAGCUUGUCCAAUAUACAUUUUUGACUUGGAA